AUGCCAGCUCAGCAACAACACAUCACCAUGUACCCCGAAUUCGAAGACACCUUCGCAACCACCAAUCAGAACUGGAACGGACCCUACUGGCUCGAGAACGCCAUUAAACAGGACCAUCUCUUGGCCGCAUCGUCAUGUGACGAUGCAGCUGAAGGGAGUCGUCACCCUGCACAGCAUUGCGGCAACGACGUGGUGGCACGGCAGCCGAGCGUUCAGGCUUAUCGCACGAUCGUUUGCACUGCCAUCGACUCUAUCCCGCCAGGGCGACAAGCUGCGAAGGUCUUGCAGUGUGGAAUCUGCUUCUCUGAUAAACUCUUCGAUCGCAAGUACGAGCUGGAGCGCCACAUGCGGACUCACGAGGACGGCGCAUUCCCGUGCACCGUUGCUGGCUGUGAGCGCCAGGGGGAGAAGGCGUUCAGGCGUGCGGAGCAUCUGAGGAAUCACCUUCGCAAGGUGCAUGGGCUCUGA